UCCCCUCCGCUUGCCUCCCAGUUGCAAUCCCUGGGAGAAAGCGCGGCAGAGGAGAGGAAACUUUACCUCUUGGGCAAUUUGACAGCUGCGCGAGCCCGGAGAUGAGCCUGUGAAGGGAAAUUUCUUUUCCCCUUUCUUUGCUUUUUGCUCACAUGACCAAAAAAGUUAUGGAUGUUGUGGGUUUUCUUUUUUUUUUUUCCUGCCUGUGGUUGAUUGAUCACUUUAGUUUAUGACGCUGAAAUGCUGUGUGCCCUUGUCCCCCAGGGUGUCCCCGUGGAGGACCACAGACCUCCUGGGCUGAUGCAUUGCAUGUGUUCUCUGCUCGAGAUCUGAUUUUUGGGAGCAAAGGGGUCAUGUCUUAAAAAUAUUUGGAUAUAUAUUUUUUUCCUUCAGCUGAGCUGGGCUGGGGUUAUUUAUUAACUCCAGAAGUAAUAAGCAGUGAGAGACGCGUGCUCCAUUGGUAACCCCAGGGGCCUGCCUUGGCCCUUGAACUUUUCAAGGCUUGGAGGACUUCCAAAUCCAGGUUUUCCAAGGGUGGUCCCCAGUGAGCUGACUUCAAAUCUUAUGUUGUGACUUGGCCUCUUGAAACAGAGCCAAAGUUUUAACCCUCCUCCCUGCACAGGGAAAGGAGGCGAGCGCAGGGCAGGCUCUGCCCUGGCGUCAGCUCUCCCCUCGCCUGCGGGUGGGUUUAAUUUGGUGACCAGAUCCCCACUCAGACGAUGAAUCCCAGCUAGCAGACAAUGAAUUCAGGGGUUUCCAACCAUGUCCUUCAUGGCACUGAUGUUUCCCGUAUCUGAUGGGCUGCAAAUUUGAAGUGCUGCUGGGAGGGAGAAAUCACAGUUUUUGAACUGCUUCACCCUUUUUGCUCUUUCUCCUGGGGUUUUUCAGCCAGUCCCCACUUUUGCUCCCUAACCCGGGUGUCUUCUCCUUCUCCAGUACCUGCUGAAAGCCAGCGAGAGUCAGAUGAAGCAAGGACCAGAUUUCCUGCAGAGCCUUAUCAAGUUUUUCCACGCUCAGCACAAUUUCUUCCAAGAUGGCUGGAAGGCUGCCCAGAACCUCUACCCCUUCAUUGAGAAGCUCGCUGUGUCUCUUCAUGCGCUCCACCAAGCUCAGGAGGAGGAGGUGAAACAGCUCACGCAGACACGCGAUUCCCUGCGGAGCAUCCUGCAGCUGGAGAGCAAAGAGGAAAACCUGAGCAGGAAGAACUCGGGCAGCGGCUACAGCAUCCACCAGCACCAAGGGAACAAGCAGUAUGGGACAGAGAAGUCAGGAUUUCUGUACAAGAAGAGUGAUGGGAUUCGGAAAGUGUGGCAGAAGAGGAAGUGUGGCGUGAAGUACGGGUGUCUUACCAUCUCCCACAGCACGAUAAACCGUCCCCCUGUCAAGCUGAACCUCCUGACCUGCCAAGUGCGGCCUCACACCGAGGAGAAGAAGUGCUUUGACCUGGUGACCCACAACAGGACAUAUCACUUCCAAGCAGAGGAUGAACAGGAGUGCAUUGUCUGGGUCUCCGUGCUGCAGAACAGCAAGGACGAAGCGCUGAGCAACGCCUUCAAGGGCGAGCCCAACGGCAGCGCGGCCGCGGCGGGCGGCGUGGCGGACGGCGGCUUGCAGGAGCUCACCAAGCUGGUUAUUAGCGAGGUGAAGAACAUGCCGGGAAACAAGCAGUGUUGUGACUGCGGGGCCCCGGACCCCACGUGGCUCUCCACCAACCUGGGCAUCCUGACGUGCAUCGAGUGCUCCGGCAUCCACCGCGAGCUGGGCGUGCAUUACUCCCGCAUCCAGUCCCUCACCCUGGACGUCCUCAGCACCUCCGAACUGCUGCUGGCCGUCAGCAUCGGAAACACCCGCUUCAACGAGAUCAUGGAGGCCACGCUGCCCGCGCAGGACAGCCCCAAGCCGUCGGCCGGCAGCGACCUGGGAGGAUACGAGGAACCCCAAAUUGUCCCCGGCGGUCACAGAAGGAAGGGAUCCUCCUCGCUCCCAACCUGGAGUCCCCUUGGGGCUCGAUGGUGGCCCUGGGGUGCAGGAGUGGGCAAGGGGCAGCCUUGGGGGAGGCAGGUUAUCCCUGGAGACUAG